AUGGAUACUAUCCGGUCGCAAACCCAGGGAUCUAACUCCCAAAACUCGAUCCCAUCGGAUCAGAUCACCUCGAACAUCAGUAGCAGCCAAACUGCUGAUGCAUCGAGAGAUCAGAUCGCGUCGAAUGUUGGUAGCCGCCAAACUGCCAACACUUCGAACACGCCGAUCACAUCUGCUACCGCCUCCACUGGAGUGCAGCUUAGCACUCCACCUCGCGUGGAACCAGUGGUGAUCAAUCUCGCCACGCCGGUAGCAACCCCGAGCCCGAUUCUACCGAAUCUGGGUUCGCACACCAUCGAGAGACCUCUCUCUCGAGUUUGGGUCAGAUCGGAAGAUCCCCCAACAACUGUGACUCCACAGAGUCGGACUAUUCCUGUUCGACCUGCAUCUGCGACGCAAACUCCUCCGCGAGCUAGUCCAGAUGAUCUGGCACAGAUCAAACAGCUUCUCACCAACCUGGUAAACGGUCAGCGCGACCACGAAACUAGGCUGGAGAGACAUGAGAGACGCCUCGCUGAAUCUCGAAACAUCACUAGCCCGCCUCCGCGGACUCAGCUCGAUUUUUCGACGAUCUACGCAUCUGGCGUACCUCAGGCGCAAUUCGUUACGCCUUCGCGACCUCAAGUCUCUCAGACUUUCGGUCCACCGCCGAGCUCGCCACCAGUUGGCAUAAACAAUACGAGCUCGCACCCAAGCGAGACGAGAGCUCAACCGAACGUUCCGCUCUCAUCUCCACCCCCAGGGCCACCUGGUACCGAUCCAGCUAGGCCUAGGUGGUUUGGCGCUUCAGCUUUUGCCUCGAGCUCGCAGGCAAUGCCUCAGUUUGAGAAUCAGCUAGGCGCGACAUACGGUUCACAGCCCUCCGCAACAGCGCGAGAGCACGUGAACGGGAAUUAUCAACAAUUCCCUAGCUCGAACGCUAAUCGGAAUCCAGCUGAUCCACGUAACCUCGUCGACAGCGAAUCUUUCGAAAGAUUCCAAGAUCGCACAGACCUCGCGUUUCAGCAUAUGAGCUCAAUGUUUCAUCAAGCAACGAGCUCAGCUCCUGAUAUCGACAGAGUGAUUAAAGAGUCUAGACGAACUCCUUUUUCACUCAGGAUCAAAAGUACCUAUAUCCGAGAUACCAGCAAGCUGCGUAUCCCAGAAUACUCUGGUAACAGCGAUCCGAGAGCUUACAUGCGAGCUUUUAACCUCGUCGUAUCUCGAGUUCCUUUCUCUCCAGAAGAGAUAGAAGCAGCCUACUGCAGGCUCUUCGCUGAGAACCUGAUCGGACCAGCUCAAGAAUGGUUCUCAACGCUGGACGAAAACUCAAUCGAUAAUUUCGACCAGCUCCAAUCAGCCUUCCUAAAACAGUAUUCGAUCUUCAUCGAAUCUAAAAUUACGGAAGCAGACCUUUGGAGACUUUCUCAAGGUCCAAAGGAAUCACUUCGAUCUUACAUUGACAGAUUCAAAUCAGUCAAAGCUAAGAUCACAAACCCUAAUGAGGCAGUAGCUCUACUUGCCCUCAAAAACAACUUGUGGUACGAAUCGAAAUUUAGAGAAGAACUAACUGUUCGACCUACAAUUUCACUAGAUGACGCAUUACAUCGCGCAUCAGCAUUCGCAACUCUCGAGGAAGACACAGCUCUCCUCAGAGAAAAGUACCUCAAAGGGGAGCUCGCAUAUGCUCCACCAGGUGCUAAGAAAACUGCACCAGCUAAACCACCUUCGCAGAGUAAAGGACAACAUUCCUACUCUAUCGAAACUUCAGCUCCCAUAAAGAGCUCGGAGGAAGAAGAGAAACACUGCGAUAUUCACAAUACAAACGGCCAUUCCACAGAGGAAUGCCGUGCUAAAGGCAAAAAGUCUAGCAAAAAGAAGGGAAAAAGCAAAACAGCUGAAACCGCGGUUAAGGCCGAAAAGCCAAAACCCAAACCAGCUAAAGACUCCGACAACGCACCUCAGAAAAGAGAACGCGAAGUCGAGGUCGAAGCCCCCGAUUCCCCUCCUUCUAACAGGAAAAGAAUCGACCUAAUCUUCGGAGAGCUCAGCCUUUGCGGCGGCUCAACGAGAUCCGUGGUCACCCCCCCACCCGCUCCUAGAAAGGCUACGAGCUCUAGCUCACACAGACCUCCUAGACUUGUCGGGGGGAUAGAGCAUUCUUACAGAAGCUCGCCUGUUACAUCACCUACCUCCAGACCCGAUACUAAGAGCAUUGCGAUCUCUUGCUUACGCAGACUUCACAAGCUCUCGGGGGGAGUAGAGCCACCUACCCCUAAACGAAUUGACUUCAUUUGCGGUGGCUCGAAGAUGUGCAAAGACUCGAUUAACUCGAUCAAAGCACAUCAGCGACGGGUCGAGUCAUCUGGACAACCACGUCCUCUAGACGGACCUGAUCACGAAAUCAAAUUUCGAGAAAGCGAAACACUCGCACUCGAUAAACCUCAUGACGAUGCACUCGUAAUCGAGCUCGCCGUAGCCGGAUUCGAGCUGACCAGAGUCAUGAUAGACACAGGAAGCUCUGUAGACGUGCUGUUCUACGAUGCUUUCAAGCGAAUGGGAUUCGAAAACUCCGCACUCAUAGGAGGCCGUACGCCCCUAACUGGGUUCGCAGGAGAAACGACCUAUUCCAUGGGAACUAUCCAGCUCCCAAUCAAAGCAGGUGGUAUAACGAAAACAGUUGACUUUGUGGUCGUAGAUCGCCCCGCGCCAUUCAAUGCCAUUCUCGGCAGGCCGUGGCUCUACACCAUGAAAGCAGUUGCAUCCACUUACCACCAAUGCGUCAAGUUCCCUACACCUUGGGGAACAAAAACAAUUCGCGGUUGCCAACGAGCUUCCCGAGAUUGCUAUAUGGGCAGCUACUUGCGAGCUGAAAAAUCGCCAGUUUGCAUCGACGAAACCGACCCCGAAAGGCGCGUUGGUAUCGGAAUCGAUCUCGCAAAACCUAUCCGUGACGAGCUGAUCGCCUUCCUAAAGGAAAACAUCAGCACAUUCGCAUGGUCCACCGCGGACAUGCCCGGGAUUGACACUAGGAUCACGUCUCACGAGCUGAACGUAGAUCCCACGUUCAAACCCAUGAAACAAAAACGUCGAAAACUCGGCCCAGAUCGGGCUAAAGCAGUAAACGACGAAGUAGACCGACUACUCAAGGUAGGCUCGAUCAGAGAGGUGAAAUACCCCGACUGGCUAGCUAUCCUCUAUCCACUUCCUCAUAUAGAUCGCUUGGUCGAAGCUACGGCUGGUCACCAGCUCCUAUCCUUCAUGGAUGCGUUUUCUGGGUAUAAUCAAAUCAAGAUGAACCCAGAAGAUCAGGAGAAAACAGCUUUCAUAACAGACCGAGGUACUUACUGCUACAAAGUAAUGCCAUUCGGGCUAAAAAACGCGGGAGCUACAUAUCAGCGCCUCGUAAACAAAAUGUUUGCCGAUCAGCUCGGUAAAACAAUGGAGGUGUACAUAGACGAUAUGCUGGUCAAAUCCUCUAGGGAAACAGACCACGUCGCACAGCUCCGGGUAUGCUUCUCCAUACUUAACAAGUACGGCAUGAAGCUGAACCCGACUAAGUGUACAUUCGGAGUUCCGUCUGGCGAGUUCCUCGGUUACCUAGUAACUGAACGCGGAAUCGAGGCGAACCCGAAGCAAAUCUCUGCCCUCUUAGAUAUGCCUUCUCCAGAAAAUACUAGAGAAGUACAACGGUUAACCGGUCGAAUAGCAGCCCUUAAUAGGUUCAUUUCCCGGUCAACCGACAAGUGUCUUCCAUUUUACCAGCUCCUCCGAGGAAAUAAAAAAUUCCUCUGGGACGAAAAAUGCGAAGAAGCUUUCAAACAGCUCAAAACUUACCUCAGCGAACCUCCUAUACUGGCAAAACCAGUAGAAGGAGAACCGCUAUACCUUUACAUCGCGGUCUCGCCUGCAGCGGUCAGCGGGGUCUUAGUUCGUGAAGAGCUAAACGAACAAAGACCAAUCUUUUACGUAAGUAAAUCCCUGAUUGAUGCCGAGACUAGAUACCCAGCUAUGGAAAAACUUGCCUUAGCAAUAGUAAUGUCCGCUCGCAAGCUGCGACCUUACUUUCAAUCACACACAAUCGUGGUGAUGACCUCGCAACCAUUGCGAACUAUGCUACAUAGUCCAAGUCAAUCUGGACGACUAGCUAAAUGGGCUAUCGAGCUCAGCGAAUACGACAUCGAAUAUCGAACUAGAACCUGUGCUAAAGCCCAGGUACUAGCUGAUUUCAUGAUCGAGCUGGCACCGGAAGCCAAUAACGAUACCACCCUCUCUAAAGUUUGGACACUCUUCGUAGAUGGAGCCUCGUCCAAACAAGGAGCUGGCGUCGGAAUCAAACUCACAUCUCCAACCGGAGAAGUGAUCGAACAAUCGUUCAGACUCGGAUUCGUCGCCUCUAACAAUGAGGCCGAAUACGAGGCACUCAUAGCCGGACUCCGACUCGCAAUCGGGAUCGGCGUGAAUGAGAUCAACGCAUUCAGCGACUCCCAGCUCGUUACUAGCCAAUACAGCGGCGAGUACGAAGCAAAAGAGGAGCGCAUGGAAGCUUAUCUCAAAGUAGUUCGAGAUUUAGCUGGACAAUUCAGUAAAUUCGAACUAACUAGGGUGCCUAGGGGAGAGAACACUUCGGCUGACGCCUUAGCUGCUCUCGCCUCCACUUCGGACCCAACUGUAAGACGUGUGAUCCCAGUCGAAGGCAUAGAUAAACCUAGCAUCGACAUCGCACUCAAGUCUGACAGUAUAAACGCAAUUACCUCGCGCCCGUCUACUCGUUCUCAAACUAGACAGUCCCAAGAUCCGGGACCAUCUAACCCGGAACCUGAUUCCGAGGAAGAAGAACCUGACCAAGAUAGGCAAAAAACAAGGUAUAUCGAUUCGGACUCUUCGCAAAAUACGCAAGAGUCCACGAUCCAUACCGUCCCAUCUGCUAUGGCGAACGAACUCACCUUAAAGGAAGAGUUCGCUGCGAGACCCGACUGGAGAACCCCUAUCAUGGAGUAUAUCCAGCUCGGAGCCGUCCCUAACGAAAAAUGGGCAUCUCGCAAGCUAAAAGCCCAAAGCUCGCAUUACUGUAUAAUGGAAGAUAAGCUCUACAAGCGAAGCCUUAUCGAACCAUAUUAA